AUGGCGCUGGGAGGGGCCUUCAGCAUCUUUAUGGCACUCUUCUUGUCUUGCCUGCUCAUCUUGAUUGCUUGGAAGAGAACCAGUAAGGGAGGGAAGCUGCCCCCCGGCCCCACACCAAUACCGUUUUUGGGGAACCUGUUUCAAGUUCGCAUUGAUGGCAUAUUUCAAUCCUUCCUGAAGCUCCAGGAAAAAUAUGGGACUGUGUUCACUGUAUACUUUGGUCCAAGGCCAGUGGUUAUCUUAUGUGGACACGAGGCUGUGAAGGAGGCCCUGGUUGACCAAGCGGAUGACUUCAGUGGCCGUGGUGAAAUGCCUACAUUAGAGAAGAACUUCCAAGGUCAUGGUUUGGCUCUGUCCAAUGGAGAGCGAUGGAAGGUUCUUCGGCGUUUUUCCCUGACCAUUCUUCGGAACUUUGGGAUGGGAAAGCGGAGCAUUGAGGAGCGGAUCCAGGAGGAGGCUGGUUACCUACUGGAAGAAUUCCAUAAGACCAAGGGAGCACCCAUAGAUCCCACCUUCUACCUGAGCCGCACCGUGUCCAAUGUCAUCUGCUCCGUUGUCUUCGGGAAACGCUUCGACUAUGAGGACAAAUGUUUCCAGAACCUAAUGAAGUUGAUCAAUGAGAGCUUUGUGGAGAUGAGCAAGCCCUGGGCACAGUUAUAUGACAUGUUCUGGGGAAUCAUGCAGUAUUUUCCAGGAAGUCACAACCACCUCUAUAACUUGAUAGAAGAACUUAAGGACUUCAUUGCAUCCAGGGUCAAGAUCAAUGAAGCAUCCUUUGACCCCUCAAACCCUAGAGACUUUAUUGACUGCUUUCUCAUCAAGAUGUACCAGGAUAAAAGUGACCCCAACACAGAAUUCAACCUUAAGAACUUGGUCCUCACCACCCUCAACCUCUUCUUUGCUGGCACAGAAACUGUGAGUUCCACCUUGCGCUACGGAUUCCUGCUGAUGAUGAAAUAUCCCGAGGUAGAGGCCAAGGUUUAUGAGGAGAUUAACCAGGUGAUUGGAAAUCACCGGGCCCCAGCAGUGGAGGACCGUGCCAAGAUGCCCUACACGGAUGCCGUCAUCCAUGAGAUACAGAGAUUGACAGACAUUGUGCCCCUUGGUGUCCCCCAUAAUGUCAUACGGGACACUCAUUUCCGAGGCUACUUUCUGCCCAAGGGCACAGACGUGUAUCCCCUGAUUGGCUCAGUCCUCAGAGAUCCCAAAUACUUCCGCUACCCAGAUGCUUUUUAUCCUCAACACUUCCUGGAUGAACAGGGGCGCUUCAAGAAGAAUGAUGCCUUUGUGGUCUUUUCCUCUGGAAAGCGCAUCUGCGUAGGGGAGGCCCUGGCCCGCAUGGAACUCUUCCUCUACUUCACUUCCAUGCUUCAGAGGUUCUCCUUGCGUUCUCUGGUGCCUCCUGCUGAUAUCGACAUCAGUCCCAGGAUCUCUGGCUUUGGCAACAUCCCCCCCACUUACAAGCUCUGCUUUAUGGCCCGCUGA